AGAUCAUGUCCGAAUUCAACAUCCAACAACCUGCCACUAUUUUCACCGAUACCCAAUUGAGAGACAUUGCUGAUCAACUACCGACGGGAAUUCUUGCAUUUCUUCAAGUUACCAAAAUGACAGAUGAGCGAUUUGAACAGUACGGUCGAAGGUUUUUAGAGAUUUGCAAGAAACAUGCUGUGCAGAGUUUAUAAAAAAAAAAAAAAAAA